AUGACGGCUUCAGGUGGAGGUGCGUCAUCAACAGGUGGUGAUACUUUCGACCGACCUAUGCUGAAAGAAGUUGACCAGUGGAUUGAGCAGCUGUACGAGUGUAAACAGCUCACUGAAGCUCAAGUUAAAACGUUAUGUGAUAAGGCCAAGGAAAUUCUGCAAAAAGAAUCCAAUGUUCAGGAAGUGAAAUGUCCCGUAACCGUUUGUGGUGAUGUGCAUGGGCAGUUCCACGACUUGAUGGAGCUUUUUAAGAUGGGAGGAAAGUCGCCGGAUACUAAUUAUCUAUUCAUGGGUGAUUACGUUGAUAGAGGAUAUUAUUCCGUUGAAACUGUUUCGCUACUAGUUUGUCUAAAGGUUAGGUACAAGGAACGCGUCACUAUUUUACGUGGGAAUCAUGAGUCUCGACAAAUUACGCAGGUGUACGGGUUUUACGACGAAUGUCUUCGCAAAUAUGGUAACUCAAAUGUUUGGAAGUAUUUCACUGACUUGUUUGAUUAUUUUCCAUUAACGGCGUUGGUGGAUGGUCAAAUUUUUUGUUUACACGGUGGUCUUUCGCCGUCUAUUGACAGUCUUGAUCAUAUUCGCGCUCUGGAUAGACUUCAAGAGGUUCCUCAUGAAGGUCCCAUGUGCGAUCUAUUAUGGUCUGAUCCGGAUGAUCGUGGUGGCUGGGGUAUCUCUCCUCGUGGUGCAGGAUAUACGUUUGGUCAGGACAUUUCGGAGACUUUCAAUCACUCUAACGGCCUCACGCUUAUUUCAAGGGCACACCAGUUGGUCAUGGAGGGCUAUAAUUGGUGCCAUGAUCGCAACGUUGUUACCGUUUUUUCGGCUCCCAAUUAUUGCUAUCGAUGUGGAAACCAGGCGGCGAUGGUUGAAUUGGACGAUGAACUUAAAUAUUCUUUUCUGCAGUUUGAUCCGGCCCCUCGCCGUGGAGAACCACAUGUGACUAGGCGAACUCCUGAUUAUUUUCUUUGA